CAUUAACAGCAUAAGUUCUUCUUAGGUGUCACCUUCACUAGUGGAUUUUUUUCUUAAACAACUGUGUAGAAUAGAAGGUAAUAAAGUAUUUUAUAAUUUUUUUUACUGUCACAUCAUUUUGUUUUGUUGUAGUAAGUUAAUACAAAACUUUUUUAUUUGCCUAAAAUCUUUGUCCAGUGUUAUAUCAUAAUUUACUAACCAAAGGCAAAAUGUCAUAAUUUUUCAAUGAACACGAGAAGUAUUGGUAUYGGAAUCUGCAAUACUAGCCCCGCAUUUACUUGGCAUUAGAUCAAUACCAAAAGCCCUAGUAUCGCCCACCCCUAGCAUGUGUAUUCAGCAGUGUGCAGCAAGAAAAAAGUUCCCCCCGGAAACAAUUAAUUGGUGGGUGCCAUGUUCUGAAUGUUGCUCUGGCCAUUUAAUGCCAUGGAAUAUACAUAUUGUAAAAAAAAAUAUUUUUUAUAUGAACCAGCACCUCCCAGCUCUUCUGGGAGGUACUAUUAGAGGUACUGUUAGAUAAAUGUUGCUUAAACCAGAUUAAAACAAUAUCUUUAAUCCCAAAACUAUGUUGAAGUCUAUAUUCAGCUGUUGGUUCAGUACUGCUGAGUACAGCACAUACAGUGGAUCUAAUAGAACCAGCACUGACUCUGGUUCUGUUUUAAUACCUGUGCACUCUAUUCAUUUAUCAUUUUUAUCUCUUCUUCUAGGGACAUGCUAAAACUCCUGGCAGAGAAGAGGACAUUUCCUGGCAUAGCUACCUCUCCUCUCCUCUCGUCUCCUUCCAUCCACAGCUCCCCUUUCACCUCCAUUUUACCUGUUAGGCAUCUCCUUUCCUUAUUCUCCCUUUACAUCCUCCAUCCCAUGCCACCAUGACAACCUCUGCCCUGCGACGUCAGGUGAAGAAUAUUGUCCACAACUAUUCAGAAGCAGAAAUCAAGGUCCGCGAGGCCACUUCGAAYGAUCCAUGGGGCCCGUCCUCUUCUCUCAUGUCAGAGAUCGCUGACCUGACCUUCAACGUUGUGGCGUUUGCUGAGGUCAUGGGGAUGGUGUGGAAACGCCUCAACGACAGCGGCAAGAACUGGAGACACGUUUACAAGGCCCUGACUCUGCUGGAUUAUCUGCUUAAGACCGGGUCAGAGAGAGUGGCCCAGCAGUGCCGGGAAAACCUGUUCACCAUUCAGACGCUGCGUGACUUCCAGUACAUGGACCGUGACGGCAGAGACCAGGGCGCCAACGUUAGGGAAAAAGCUCGCCAGCUGGUAUGUCUGCUGCGGGACGAGGACCGGCUCCGCCAGGAGAGGAGCCAAGCCCUGAAGACCAAAGAGAGGAUGGCCGGAGGAACCGGAGGGAGCGGGGGCAUGUACGGAGGCAUUCCCCCAUCUUAUCACCCGGGCAGACGCACAAGUCAGCCCAGCAUGGCUGUGCUGUACGGAGAAGAGUUCAGCCGCUCCAGAGGCUCCCCGUCCUCCUUCAACUCCUCGGCCUCAUCUCCCCGCGCCGCCUCAGACCUGGAGCAGGCUCGACCUCAGACCAGCGGGGAGGAGGAGCUGCAACUUCAGCUGGCCUUAGCCAUGAGCAGGGAGGAGAGUCAGAAGGWGCAGCGCUGUCGCCAAGGAGACGACUCGCUGCUACAGAAGGCCCUGGAUGAGAGCCGCAGAGACAGCCAGUCAGGGACACACGAGUCUGCCAUGUUGGACCUUGUGGAUAUAUUUGGACCUUCAUCUGAGCCACAGCCUCCCACCAGUGAGCGUUGGCCCACCAUUCAGCCCCCCUGUAACACCACCUCCAACCCCUGGGACUCUGUAGCAGUUCGGUCCAGUACGCCUGUGAUUGACAGCCCCUGGAUGGACCCUCCCCCCUCUUYUAAAACAUCCAAUCCCUGGACUUCCUGUGCCAACUCACACACAGACCCCUGGGAGGCGGCACAGGCACCAUCCAGUCCUCCCAAUAAUGCCUGGGACUGCCCAACACUUGAAGACGGUGAUGGGACAGAUCCAUUCGCUGCACAGGAAGAGGUGAAUCUUCAGCAGGAGGUUCCCCGAGUGUCCCCCUCUCAGCCCGCCAGCCCAACAGAUGCUGAGCUGUUUGGAAUCAAACCUGAAUCUGACUUGUUUUCUGACCAAGACCCCAAGUUGGAGCGGUUUAGAACAGACCAUCUGGUGAAGCCUCUGGUAAACGGCAGGGAGUUGGAUAGCCCAGAGAUGUUCGACCUGUCCAGGUUAGCACCCCCCCUCAGCGCCCCGCCUGCACGCGUUUGUGGGACCCCAGAGGCUUUUCUAGGACCCACGGGGGCCUCGUUGGUCAAUUUAGACACUCUGAUACCGCCUAAACUUCCUGGGAAGAUGCAGAAUAACCCCUUCCUCUCAGGCCUGAGUGCACCGUCCCCCACCAACCCGUUCCACUGCGACCAGCCACGCCUCACUCUCAACCAGAUGCGCCCGUGCUCCACCUCGCCGCUGCCCCCUCACAUGCUGCCCUACAGCCCGUCGCUGCCCCUCCCUCUGCUCCACCAGGCCCCCAUCCUCCCCUCCUCCCUCACACAGCCUCCUGCUGGACUCCUGGACCUCCCCUCGAACCUCCCUCAGCCCCUGCUCCCUCUGUCACCACGAUCCACCCCGCGCACUCAGACUCAGRCUCACAGCCACAACCCGUUCCUCUGAGGUUCCAGCAGCUUCCAGCCGGAGCUCUGCAGAGGAACCGGACAGGUUGGACUCGGUUUUUUUUUUUCUUGAAAAAUGUGCGCCACCUGGAACGGGACAAAACUGGCUCCUGUUUUGAUGUCAUUGUGCAAAUUUGAAGCAGAUAAAGCUGGAUAGAAUAAACUUGUCAUCAGCUGCUACAUAGCCUGAACUCUUGACAAAAAAAAAAAAAAACAGCUCACCCUCUGUCUCACACGGACGUGCCUCAGGAUCCAAACAUGUCAGAAACACCCAAAUUGAAAAUGCUUUUCCCCCCAUCAGCUGUGACAACUCUCAGCCCCGUUUGACCACAAGAGACAGASAGUUUGUUCUGGAGACCAGGAUGAAACCACACACUUUGAUCGACCACAAAAUGUCACCAGGACCCUUACUGCUGCUUCACCGACACAAGCAUGAAUGCCUCGAAACCCCAAGACUCCAAAUCCGUCUUUUAUUCUGAGCACCUAAAAUGAGUUCCUUGAAAUAAAUAUUUUUUUUGUCUGACAAGUUAAACUGUAUUUAGCGAUCUGUUUCUGGAAAAGCUAAAAACGUGGGAUUCAAGAAAGCACAGAGCACAACAUUAGAGAUAAAUAACUUCGUAUAGAUGGUAUGUUUGCCUUUUUUCAAGCUCAAGACCAUGUGGUUCAAAUUAGCUGCGUUUGCUGUCUAAGACCAGUAACGUCURCAGGAUUUAUUUCAUUUCAGGUGUGGAACAAACCAGCUUGUGAUAAAUCUUACUGGCUCAAUGUGGACCUGUUUAUAACCUCAGAUUGUACCUGAUUAGACCCUUGUGCCUACCUCUCCACACUGCGUUAUCACUGAGGAGGGCCUCGCCACUACCACUUUACCCCUCCUUUAAUGAGAUUCAGUCAGUUCUUCAGAAACCAAAAUACAGGAAGAUCAGAGAAUUUAUUUGUGAGUGGAAAAAAAAACCUAAGAUUUCAGAUGAAAAGCUGAUGUCUGCUCUUUUCUCACAGAUUCAGACUUCACCACUGCACUGAAACUGGACAUGAAUGUAAAAUGCCUACCUAUAAACACACACAGGCRGAGUACAUAUGUAUUUAAUAGAAAUAUAUUGCUGUAAUAUGAAAUACUAUAUCAAUAAAUGGCUGUUGUUUGCACUUUAA